AUGUCAGAUAUAUUUAGGAAAGCCGUCAUUGCUAAAUUACCCAAUUUACCACCUACUCGAGCACCUUGGGCAGAACCUAUGGAUGAUGAUGAUGAUGAAGAGAUAGAUUAUUUAGGUGAAUUGGAUGAUGCUCUCCCACCCCUCUCGACAAAAUCAUAUAAAAACCUUACCCCUCUCUCAGCUAAAGAUUUCUUCAGUCAAGCUCUUGAAGUCACACCGGGAAAAACGACAUUCAGAGUUUAUCUCACACCUCCUAUUCUUACCCCCGAAACAUCUAGGGAAAAUCCUUUAUCCGGUAAAGGGCGAUUGGAAGAACAAGUAACGGAAGGGGAUACAGAUAAUAAAGGAACAUAUUUAAUAUGUCAUCAUGGUGCCGGAUCAAGUGGAUUGAGUUUCGCCAUGUUAGCGAAAGAGGUGAAAGAGAGAGGAAGAGGAGAAUUAGGUGUGAUGAGUUUUGAUUGUCGUGGACAUGGCAAAACGAGGACCGACCCCGUAGAUGAAGAAAAUGAUCUUUCUACGUCAACUUUAUUAUCUGAUUUCGUAUCUUUGAUCCAACAUCUUUUUCCCAAUCCGAUCAUCUCCCCAUCUUUACUACUCAUGGGUCAUUCAAUGGGUGCUGCACCUAUUCUUGCCUCUGCUCCGAUUUUGCAAGAGAAAGGGUAUAAAGUAGUAGGAGUGAUAGUAUUGGACGUUGUAGAGGGAACCGCUGUGGAAGCUUUACCUUUGAUGAAAGGUAUUCUCAGUAAAAGACCUCAAACAUUCCCUUCUGUAAUCGAUGCGAUUCAUUGGCACCUCGUAUCCAAUUCCAUCCGAAAUUCCACUUCUGCUCGUAUCUCAGUCCCAUCUUAUCUCAUCCCUUUGAACCCGGGAGAGGGACAGGAAACAAAGCAAAAAUGGCGUACGGAUCUAAUAUCGACUGAACCAUUUUGGUCUGGAUGGUACGAAAAUCUUUCAUCUAAAUUCCUCACUUCGAAAUGCGCUAGAUUGUUAGUUCUGGCAGGACAAGAAAGAUUAGAUAAAGAACUCAUGGUAGGACAAAUGCAAGGUAAAUUUCAAUUAGAGGUAAUGCAAGAUGUUGGUCAUUAUUUACAUGAAGACGACCCGACCAAAUUGGCCAACAUCAUCUUAGCAUUUUGGAAACGUAAUACCAGGAUGAUAGUUUUACCUGGUAAGAUCGGUUCGAAGUUGGUUGGAGUUAGACGAGUAGGGGAAGAAUGA